AUAUUUGCCAACAAUUAUGUGGACCUCGGCAAAGUUGACACGGUAGGAUUUGAUUAUGACUAUACCCUUGUUACGUACACGGAAAAUCUUUUGGAGCUUCUUUACGAAAUGGCUCUGGAACGAUUGGUUGAUGAUAGACAGUACCCAACUGAAAUGCUGAAUGUCGGAUUGAAGUUUGAUCCUUUUUUCUCAAUCCGAGGGUUGGCUGUGGAUAAAGAGACGGGAUGGAUAUGCCACUUAUCGUAUACACACAAGGUCGCCGUGGCAUGGGAAGGCCGAGAAAAGCUCCCGACAUCUCGCAUUUACAAAGAAUACCGAGGCAAACGAGCUCUUACGCCUUCUGAGCGGCGAAAGCGUCUCAAACCAUUGAAUGAUCUUUUCAGCAUGGCAGAAUGCUGUCUCAUUGCAGACACAGUUCAAUUUUUCAAGGAACGCCAAAUUCCUUUCUGCCCACAAAAUGUCGUUACCGAUGUUUUGUCUGCCAUUGGUGGAACCCAUAUUUCAGGCGACUUUCAUCGUCUCGUUGCCCAAGAUCCUGAGCGGUACUUUGAUCCCACGCCACAUCUCAAACAAGUGCUUGAUACGCUGAAAAAUUCCGGUAAGCAUCUCAUUCUAGUUAGCAAUUCGCCGUUUUGGUACGUGGACGCCGGGAUGCGAUACGUCCUCGGAAAUAACUGGAGGGACGAAUGGGAUGCCAUUAUUACCAGCGCUGGUAAGCCAAUGUUUUAUACAGAUGACUCCCGGCCGUUCCGAGAAAUAUGUCAAGAAACGCGCCGACUUAUGUUUAAACGAGUAGAACGCUUUGAGAGAGGUAAAGUAUACACUGAAGGAUGUUUGAAAGAGCUGAUGCGACUCAUGGAUUGGACCACGGUAGAAAAUAAGAUUGAAAGCAAAGAUACAUGGGGUAUCUCUAGUGGGUCUCUAGAUAUGGCAACGGCGAACGUUCUUUACGUUGGUGACUCGCUUUUUGCUGAUCUAGUUGACGCAAAACGAGAAUUCAGCUGGACAACUGCAGCCGUGACUCCGGAAGUGGGGUACGAAAUGGAGCUGCAAACGGAAACUGAUUUUGCCUUGGCACGACGGACCAUUGACUUGCUACUUCAUGCGCUCCGCCUGCUGCAAGACGAACUCGGCACUUCAUUGCGAACGGCUGAAGAUGUAAAGGUGCUCGACUGCCUGGAGCGACUAGUAUCUGUGUGGCGGGACCGCGAAUCUGAUGUUUUGGGCAAUCCGUUUGGUAGUGUCUUCCGGGCGAGAUAUCAACCGUCAUUGUUUGCUCAUUCACUCAGGCGUUAUUGUGACCUUUACAUGACUUCCGUUAGUAGCCUACGACACUACAGCCCACAACAUCGUUUUUACCCAGAGCAAAAUCAUCUG